AAAAAGAAACUCCGGAAUCUGGAUUCGGUGGGAAAGAUGCGUUUACGCUGCUGUUUUCAAACAUCAAUGUUUAUAAAUGUACCAAAUGUGAAUGGUUUGAUGUCAUAGCACAAACUGUAAGGUGCUAUAUUUUCUUAAUAUAGCGCUGGGAGUUAUAUUGUUUUUUUGUUUUAAGUUUUUACCCAAAUGUUUGGAAGUUUAUUUGAUGAUGAAAGGACGGCUGGUGUGAUGACUAGCGUGCACACAUUGCCAAAACCGAUGCCUCCUAACCGGCGUCUUCCUUGUGGACUGAGUGGCAUUGAAAAUCAAGGGGCUACAUGUUACCUGAACUCACUUUUGCAAACUCUAUUAUAUACUCCUGAAUUCAGAGAAGGUCUAUUCUCGUUAUCGGAUGCAGAACUUGGCUCCCUUGAAAACCGAGAAAAAGCCAAAACUAGAAUUAUUCCACUUCAACUACAGAGACUUUUUGCUAGAUUGCUUUUGGUAGACCAACAAGCUGCAUCAACGUCUGAAUUAACAGAUAGCUUUGGUUGGAGUAACAAUGAAGAACUCCAACAGCAUGAUGUACAAGAGCUUAAUCGAAUUCUAUUCAGUGCAAUUGAUUCAUCCCUUGUUGGGACGUCGGGUAAAGAUUUAAUUUCUCAGUUGUACCAUGGAUCAACUAUUACAGAGAUUGUUUGCCAAGUAUGUGGAAAAAUUAGUGAAAGAGAAGAAGAUUUUUUAGAUCUAAAUGUUAUAGUAGCUGGUUUCAAUAACCUUCAAGAUAGUCUAAAUGCCACAUUUUUGCAGACUGAGAUUAUGAAGGGUAAAAAUCAAUAUCGUUGUAGCACUUGUUGCAAUCUAGUUGAUGCUAAAAAGGGUUUGAAAAUUCAAUGUCUUCCUCCUAUUUUGACACUGUCCCUUUUAAGAUUUAGUUAUGACAUUGCCAAGGGUGAACGUUUCAAAGAAACUGGAAAAUUUACGUUUCCAUUUGAACUUGACAUGGCUCCAUACUGCAGCAAAGAGGAGAAACCAGAAGAUACAACAUACGAGUUGUUCUCUGUUCUUAUACAUAGUGGCUGCAGUUCCGGAGGACAUUAUCAUGCUUUUAUUAGAGAUGUAGAUUGUUUAGGAAAAUGGUUAGCUCCUGAUGAAGAAGUAAGUGGGUCUGGUAAGGAAAGUAACUGCAAUAUUCAAGAUCCAGUUCUUCUGAUCAAAACAAUACUGUCAGACAUUGAAGAUCAUUGUCUUCCUAUCGAAUUUUUAAGCUCAGAAAUUACAAAAUGGACUGGAAUGAGUUGGAACAAGAAGUUUAAAAGUACUUUUGGCACUAUUGGAAAGUUUCUCCAGAAGCAUAGUGAUGCAUUUCAUUUCAAUUCUUCUACAAAUAUUGUUUAUUUAAAUGCUGAAGCAAUGAAUUGUGACCCUGCACCUGAUUGCUCAACAGCUGGUACUAGCAGCAUGGAUUGCACACCUAGUAGUCCAAAGGAAACCAAGAAAUCUGCUGUGAUGAAUUCUCUAAAGUUAAACAUUUUUGAUAAAAAGAGAGUAUCGAACAAUUUUGGAUCUGUAAUGCAGAACUGGUUUGAUUUCAAUGAUUCCAGAGUUACCUCUAUUCUUGUAAAAGAUAUCGAAAAACAGUUUUCUGGUAAAGAAAGUGCCUAUAUGCUAUUUUACAGAAGAAAAUCUCUUGUAAGACCAAUAGAAGCUCGAGGCAAUCCUAAAUACAUGAUACCAGAAAAACUAUUAAGAUUAGUUGAAGAAGAAAAUGCAGAGCUUGAAAAGCUGAGAGAAGAAUAUGAAUUAGCUUUAAAUGCUAUAAACCUUCAAGUGCACUUAGGGAACAGCUAUAAAUGUACCAGUGGUGUUUUGGAACCUAAGCCAAAUGAAAUUAAUUACUUAGAUUUAAUCAUAGAUAAACGGAAACUCUUGCUAGAUUUAAGAGAUAGUAUAUUUAAAUUAUGUUCUGAACUUUAUCCUAGUCAAGAAAUUGUGUUACAUACAGCUCGAGAAGUUCCUGCUGGUUUACAUCUUUAUGAAGAACUGUCUGAAUCUCAAAAUUUUGAGUCUUUAAAAGAUUUAGGAAUCCUUGAGGGAACAAAAAUUUUUGUUUGGGAUGGGAAGCAGCUUGGAGGUGAACAUUUUGCAAUAGGAGUUGCUCAUGAGCCUGUUCUUCUAAAUCUUUCUAUCAAACUGCAAAAUGGAGAAACUGUGGAGAUGUCUCGUGGUUUUCCUAAAACAACUACAGUCACUGAACUUAAAAAUCUAAUUUCUAACCUUGUUCCUUUACCUUUGGAAGAUAUGCGUGUCAGCAGACUGGAUUUACAGGGAGAAGAAACAAGAUUGUCUCCAUUGACUGAAACUCAUAAUGCUCAUACACUCUCUGAACUCAGUUUCAUUGAUGGAGAUAACAUUGUUGCAGAAAGUAUGAGAUGUAGUGAUGUUCUUCUAAUGAAAGAAAUGUGCAGUAAAGUGACAAUUAUGGUGCAAAAUUGCUGUCAGGGAUUUAUACUUGAAAACAGUUCUAAUAUUCCUAUGGCAGAGCUUACAAUUGAUCUCGAUAGUACUGUCGAGCAAUUGAGAGCUCUUGCUGUGACUCAAUUAAAUUUAGACAACAACCGAAAUUUUAUAUUAAGAAAAUAUAUAAAGUCUCAAAGUAAAAGACCUCCAUUGCAUGAGCAUUACACCAUCCGUGAAGCUGGUAUUGUGGAAGCAUCUUGUUUAACUAUAGAGGAAGGUGAACCACCUGCUCCUGAUCAGAUAACAAUAAUGUUUACUGUUGGUAUUGGCUUAGGGGAUUCUGUAGAUUUUGAAGUUACUGUAAAUAAAAAUAUGAGUGUACAGGAAUGCUUACGGAAAAUGCUUUGCAUUGCUGGUCUAAAUGGAGAUGCAUGGCAUUUGCGUAAAACUAAUUGGUGCGGUGAGCCAAUGGAACAGUUAUCGCUUGAUGGCAUGACUUUAGAAGAUGAAAGCAUCCAACAUGGAGAGAAUCUUCUAAUUAUGGAAGGCCGUCUGCCUGCCAAAGGGUUUUUAACAUUCUCAAUUUGGUUGUUUCCUACUCUUGAAAACUGGACAAACUCUCAAAAGGGAAAUGAGUAUAUGAAUGGUCUGCACAGUGGUAUUGAAAAUUUGCUUCAAAGCUAUGGUGAUACAAUAAGAGAUGAUGCAAACAGGAGUAUAAAAUUGGGAGAUGUCGAAAUAUCCAAUGAGUCAACUGUUGCAGAUUUAAAAAAUACCAUUCUUACUCUUCCAACCUUAUCAGGAUUAUGCCUACCAAAUAUUAGGCAUCUAAGAUUACAAAUACUUGACAAUGGUAGGCCUGGUCGAGUACUACGAGGUCUCUCUAAUACUUUAAGGAAAUUGAAAGUUCAGUCUCAGUCAUUAGCUGCUAGAAUAUUAUAUCAUGAAGAAGAUUUAAUGCAUUCAGAAAUUUUGUUAAAUAUUCGUCAGAGACUGCCUGAAAUCAAACAAUAUACCGCACCUAUAGAAAUGGUUUGGGAAACUUCUAAAUCAUCUGGUCCUAAGGCUUUAAAGCAAGCUAUUGCAGACUGUGUGGGUUGCCCUGUAAGUAGGAUAGUAGCAGCUAAACAUUUUCCUGAAAAAUGUCAGUGGCUUAUAAUUGAUGAUGGAACAAGCUCAAAGAAAAAUACUCGCAAGAAAAGAUGGGGCACAGGAAAAUCAAAUUUGAGGAAUUCACCUUAUUUUAUGAAAGAUGGUGAUACAUUAGGUGUAAAGGAUCGUUUAAGUGAUCCUGAUGAUCAGGACGAUUUCCUAACUCAACAAGAUAUUGAAGGUCAAGAAAUCUUAAGAAUAGCUGCUGAAAAUAAACGUAUUAAACGGCAAGAAGAUAAAAGUCCUUCCAGAUGUGGUGAAUGGAUGUUAGGUGGAAGUGACCGAGAACUUCCUAGGCAUGCUAAAAAGUGUGAAGUAGGAAUUACAAUCCAUGUAGAUGAUUUUACUUGAGUUGCUCUACAUUUUAGAACCUCUGCUGUUAAAAUAUGACAGAUAGUGAUGAACUUUGGAGAUGGCGAAUAUGAAAAUCCACAUCUCCGAAGCCAAAAAUAUUUUUUGAGAGACUAGCAUCAGAUUCCUUUAAAUACUACGCUGUGCAUAAUAUUGAUGUUUGAAACUGCAUUUUGUUUUGAUAAAAAAAAUUGUAAACACUAUAUACAAAAAUCUGUGUAAAUAAUAUAAGUUUAUAUGAAAUUGUCUUAUAUUUAUUUAAUUUUGGAAGCAAACCAGGGUAUGUUUUUACUGUUGCUUUAGCAAGUUUUUCUCUUGGGUUCGCUGGGAAAUAUUUGCAGAGCACUCUGUUUUGAUAGAAUGUGUGAAUGGUAAGUUACUUUUAUAUAAUUUUUUUUAAAGAAACUCUAAUGCAGAGUUUUUUUGUUGCUUUGCUUUGUAUAUUAAAAAGUAGUGUAUAUAGUUUAUAUGUGAUAAAGAAAAAAAUUGUGUUUCUAAAUUUUGAAGUUUGAAACUAUAAAAAAAGUUAUUGUUAAACGUUCUUUUUUCCCCCUCGAAAGAAACAAAAUAAUAAUAAUAAUAGGUGUUAAAUUUUGUUUGUAGAUAUUGAGAAAACUUAAAUUUCAUUUGAUCUCAAUGUAUUUCAAUUAUUGGUGCUACUAAAUAUGUAAUAAUAUAGGAAAAUAAAACUCAUUAUAAAAUUGUUUUUGAUAAUUCUUUUUUUAAUAAUUUUUCCAAUUUGAAUAUUAUUGAAAUAUUUGAAUAUUAUGCAGAAUUUCAAAUUUCCUGCAUGUACCUAGCUUUUGCAAUUCAAAUCUUUAUAAAAAAUAUAUUUAUAAUCCAUACUUAUUUAAAUAAAAAAAAGAAGCUAUUUUGAAAUAAACAUUUCUCAUAAACAUUGAAUAAUAGUUUCUAGAUUAGAAUACCAUUAAAAAUAAAAUAUCUAGUAUUUUCACAAUACUCAUUAUCAAUGAUAAAAGAUUAAAGCAUCUACCAAAAUUAAUUUGGUAGCUUUUUGAAUAAAUUAACUUACCAUGUUGAUUUUUCAUACAUUUUGUGAUCAUGAGAUAAGACUAAAAUUAGUGUGUAUCUAGCGUAAUUGUUUAAAGAUUUAUAGGUUUCUCAAGAUGCUAUUAACUAUAUCUAAGACAAAAAAAAUAUAUAUAUAAACACUAUAAUUUUCACUGACUGCUGGCACCACUAAGAUAAGACUGUUAGACUAAAACAUAGUGCAAAAAUUUUAAUAUCAUAACUUUUCAAAAAAUUUUGCUUUCAUAUUCCUCUAUGCAUUUGUUAAUCUUGUAUUGCCUCAUAUUCAUAAUAAGAAAGUAGAAGAAGGGAGUAGUUAUAAAAUUCUGACUCUCAAUAUUGAUUGUGAAACUAUUCAUGGUGUUAAUACUCAUUAGUCCUCCUCCUCCUCCUCCCCCAUUUAUUAUUGAUACAGACACACAUGGAGUUGUUAGAUUACAGUACAAGUAUUUUUGUACAAACAUUUUUCUGUUGCACUCUCAAUCUUAUCAAGAUAGUGCUAGCAGUUUAUGAAAAUUACAUUUUUUUAUAUCAUUUGUUACAGAGAUUGGUAAUAGCAUCUGUCACAGGUUUAUUUUGUAAUUUUCAAAGGCCAACAAAAUUAGCAUACCUGGACAUACUUUUACUCAAAGUAAAAUGUGUGUUUUUAAAAUAAAAAUUUUCAACAGACUAUUUUUUACGGUUGUAUAACUAUCCUAAAAAGUAUUUUGUGAUACUUGUGUAUUUUUUUAUUGCCUGCAACCUAAAAAGAAUUAUUUCCCCUUGAAAUUUACUUCUUUUAAUGAUACCUGUAGAUAUUUAUGGGCCCUGAUUCAGAUGAUUUUUUUAGAUUACAUCAAGAUCAACCCAAGUUCCAUUAUGCAUAAUGCAACCAUCUGGGCAAUAUUUCUUAUUUGCUUGAUGAUUAAACCUAGGGGCCAUAAAUAUCUGCAAGUACCUUAUUAGCAAACAUUUUCUAUUCUCUCAGCUACAUUGAAUUUUUAAUAUACUGUAAUUAAAAUUUAUUGAGAUACAUUGCUCAUUGUGAUAUAUUCUGUGUUUAGUAAGUUCUUUGCCUCUUCUAAUAAUUGUAGAUAAGCUGUGUUUUUAAGAUUCUGGUAUUCUCUGGAUUAUGUGUAAACAUUCAACUAAUGAUCUAUGAUGAUUAACACCUACUUUAUAUAAAUUCAAAGAUUUUUUUUAAGUAUUUCAUGCCACACAUUUAUAAAAUUGUCACCAUCAGUGUUAAGUUGCUAUAAGAUAGUUAUUGUUUGAAUGACAAACUUUUUUUAAUUAUUUAAACUGAAAUUGAAUAUGAUAUUUAAUAUGAAAUAUUAAUAGUCAUAAAAUAAGUACAUUUAUUGCUGAAAAAAUUUACAUGAUAUUUGAAAACUGUUAUUUUUUAUAUAUAUGCAUUAACAUUUUUUUCUUUAAAGUAUCAUAUAAUAACCACUGAAAUUGCAGAAUUUUAAAUUUGCAACUACAAAAUAGUGUGAAUAAUUCCAAUAAGAAAAAUUUGUCAUUAAUUGAAAAGACUCGAGACAAGUGUAAUCGAAAUUCAGUUAUUUGAUACACAAUGUCAUGCAAUUUUUUUUUAUUAAGUUUGGAAAUUUUUUUAUUGAAAUUUUUAUAAAGUAAAAAUAAUAACAAUUUUUUGUAAUAAAAAUUCUAUAUGGAUUACUUGAGUUUCACUUAAAGAAACUAUAUAUCCAAACAAUAAAAACCUUAGCAAUACUUUCUUACUUGAAGUAUGAAUUCUUUCAUUGUGUUUUCAAAACAUUUUGACAUCACCUAAAAUGCUUUACUUUUUAAAUAUAUUCAUUUUGUUAUAAUUUAUUUUUGUCAUUCCUUACCGAUAAAAAGUUUUAAAUUGUUUAAAAUUAUUUAAGAAAUAGAUGCUUUAAUCACACCCACUCCCAUUUCCUCUUCCUUCUUUUUCAUAUUAAGUCUAAUAUGAAAAAGGAAUCAUAAAAGCAAUUAAUUUUAUAUAAAAAUGAAUAAUGAUUUCUUAAAUUGUUUAUCUGGUGUGUAUUUGUUGAUGCUUAUUUUUUUAGGGAAGCAUUAAAUAUGCUACAUAAAAUAAAUUAAAUAUAAACCAAUUCAUAAAGUUUGAUUUCUGUAAUACUUCAAUUUUAUGAUACAAUAAUUUAUCUCUUAGCACAUUGUGUGUAAAUAAUGUUCCUGAAUUUCAGAAAUGUAUGUUAUUUAAAAAAUAUUUACAUAAUUAUCAAUUAUGUAAAGAUAUUUAUAUGGUAUUUGCUGGCUUUGAUUCUAUGUUGCAGACCUUAAUUUUUCUUAAUAUUGGUUUCUUCACUUUUCUUUAAAUAAUUCUGAAACUGAAAUAUUGGUGUGAUGAUUCCUGGUUGUGUCCAGCUUUUGGUAUGAAUGUCUGAAAAUGAAUUUUGUUAACAAAAUUGAGAAUGUUUGCCAUAAUAUUUUGUGUAUUCUUUUAUAGUGUUACUAUUUAUUAAAUAAAUUUAU